UAAUGAAUACAGAUCCCAUACCUCCACCCAAAGAAUAUGCGAUUCCUGAGGAUUUUCAUUAGAACAUAAGAACUCGAUUCCUCAACUUCUUUCGUUACACUGUGGGAGAUAAAGCAAGGAAUAGUGUAAUUAUGUUAAUGGGUGCAUUCAAAAUCAAUAAGCAUGAUGAAGGUAACUCCAUAGUGACAUUGUAGAUUAAUAGUAUAGAGUGGAGUAGGAGAGCAAUUUCCAUUAUUUGUUUGGAGUAGACUUUCUUAAUUGUUAUGCAAUAAUAGAUGUUGAUAAUGGGAAAUCAGUUGUAUUUGUGCCCUAAUAUGAUUCCAAUUAUAAAAUGUGGAAUGUUGUGUUGAACAAUGACGAAAUUAAAUAAAAGUAUAAAUUAGACGAAGUGCUAUAUAAUGAUGACAUAGAAUCCUGGUUGAACAAUCGACAACCAUCAUUAAUUUAUUAUUUUUAUGGAAUUGAUGAUUAUUCUCAUCACUCAUUACCCAUACCUGAAUAACCAUUCUUACAAAAUUAUGAUUCUGAUUAUGAUGAGUUGUACUAUAUACUUACAGAGUGUAGAGUAAGAAAGACACCCUAAGAAUAAGAUAUCAUGAGAUAUAUUUGUAAAAUUAGCAGUGAAGCUCAUGAAUUGGUUAUAAAAAACAUAAGAAAAGGCAACAAAGAAUAUUAAAUGGAAGCACUCUAUUAAUAUCAUACAUUUAUAAACCAUGGCUGUCGUUUUACACCAUAUGAAUGUAUCUGUGCAUCUGGUACAAAUGGUUCUGUGUUGCAUUACGAAGAGAAUUCGAAAACGAUAAAGGAAAGAGAACUGAUAUUAAAUGACAUGGGAGGCAAGUUCUAUGGCUAUUGUAGUGACAUCACAGUAACUUUUCCCAGUGAUGGGAGAUUCACAUAAAAAUAGGCUAUUAUUUAUAAUGCUGUUCUUGAUACUCAAAGACAAGUGCAUAAUUCUUUAAAGGUAGGAGUGAAUUGGGGAGACAUGCAAUUAUUGGCAGAAAGAACUAUCACCAAACAUCUGUUUAAUGCAGGAUUAAUAAAGGGAUCGAUGGAAGAUCUUAUUAAAAAUAAUAUAUGUAGAUUAUUCUUCACACAUGGACUAGGUCAUAUGUUGGGGUUGAGAACUCAUGAUGUCGGAGGAUAUAAUAAAGGUACUCCUCCCAAAUUACCAGGUAAUAUAUCCUUUAUUCAAUUAAUUAGAAUUAUCUUAAUUACAGUUUCGUAGAGAUUUGGAUGUGGGAAUGAUAUUUACUAAUGAACCUGGAAUAUAUUUCAUAGAUUUUAUCUUACAAGAAGCUUAUAAAGACCCUAAUAAGUCGAAGUAUUUGAAUAGGGAAAGAAUUGAAGAAUUUAUGCAUGUAGGAGGUGUGAGACUAGAAGAUGAUAUACUAUUGACAGCCAAUGGCCCAGAAAUACUUAAUGAUGUACCCAGAACCAUUAAGUAAGUUGAGGCAUGUUGGCGAGGUGAAGAUUGGAGACAAAUAAAUGAUUGA